AUGCACUUCAUCCUUCUGACCCUCCUAUCACUCCUGACCCUCUUCGUCACCGCCACCCCUGUCCCCCAGCAUGGCAACCCACCAUCCCUCACCAACAGCUCACCUCUCCUCCAAUCGGGGCAUUCCCCACUACCCGCCGAAGCUGGCAUUCUCGGCGAAACUCACACCAACAUCCGCUUCUCCGCCGUCGACAACUACCCCUUCACCCGCAUCAAGAACAACUUCGGCGCAUGCGCCUACGCAGGUCCAGACUCGCGGUUCCUCGAGAACGACCCGGGCUCCUGGAUGGUCUCCCUCGACGCCAAUGUGCCGAACUGGGGGAGCUACUGCGGGAAGAAGGUCAGGCUGACGAAUCCGGAUGGGCGCACGGCGACGGCGGUUAUUGUGGAUAAGUGUCCGGGGUGCAGUGUUGGUGGUGCGUUCAGUCUGGAUUUGUUCCAUGCGCCGUGGUCCAAGGUGGGUGGGAGAACAAGCGCGGAUAAUGUGUAUGGGGCGAAGUGGGAGAUUAUUGGAUGA